AUGCGCGCGCCAGAGGCCAACCAGAGCCGGGCGCGCGGGGACUUCGUGCUGGUGGUCUUCGCGCACGUGCCCGCGCUGCGCCCCCUGCUGGCCGCGCUCUUCCUGCUCGCCUUCGCGCUCACGCUGCUGGGCAACGCGCUCAUCGCGCUGCUGACCGCCCGGGACGCCGGCCUGCGCGCGCCCAUGUACUUCUUCCUGCGCCAGCUCGCCCUGGUGGAGAUCUGCUACUCGCUGGACGUGAUGCCGCGGCUGCUGGCCGCGCUGCUGCGCCCCGGGCUGGGCGUGUCCCCCGCGGGCUGUGCGCUGCAGCUGCUGCUGGUGCUGUCCUCCGUGUCCACCGAGUGCUUCUUGCUGGCCGUCAUGGCCUGGGACCGCUAUGUGGCCAUCUGCCGGCCCCUGCGCUACGGCGCCGUCGUCAGCCCGCGCCUCUGCCGCCUGCUGGCCGCCGCGUGCUGGCUGGCGGGGCUGCCUGUGGCGCUGGUCUUUACACUCUGGCUGUUCGGGUUCCCCUUCUGCCGGCCACGCAUCCUGCGCCACCUCUUCUGCGACAUCAGCCCCCUGCUGAGCCUGGCGUGCGCAGACACUCGCCUCUUUGAGGCCAACAUGUUCGCCGCCACCGUGCUGGUCAUCAUGGUCCCCUUCGGCCUGAUCGUGGCCUCCUACGUGGGGGUCCUGGCCGCCGUGCUCCGGAUGCCCUCGGCCACCGGCCGCCGCAAAGCCCUGUCCACCUGCGCCUCCCACCUGUUGGUGGUGGUCCUGUUCUUCGGCACCACCGGGGUCAUCCACCUGCGCCCCAAGGCCAGCUACUCCCCGGAGAGCAAGCAGACCGUGUCGCUGUCCUACACGGUGGUCACCCCCAUGCUCAACCCCCUCAUCUACAGCCUGCGCAACAAGGAGGUGAAGGCCGCCUUAGGCCGGCUGUGCUGCCCCGGCCGGCGGGCACCCCCAUGAGCCUCGCGGUGGAGUCUGU